CUUAAUACCAAGAUCGUACGGAUCCAACGGCUGUAAGCAGCCACUUCAUUUUUGCUGUCACGGCUCACGCACACAUCACGACUCUUCCUCUUUUGAUUAGCUCAAAACCAGAAACGAAAUCAGUCGAACAAGGAUUUACAUUUUAACGAUACCAAGCUGAACAGGUAACAGAGAUCAACUCGUUGUUUUGUAUUGUCUGAACUGUAGACCUCCCCAAAUCCAUCAAUCCUAAAAUAUAUGUCCUAGAGUCGAAUGAUAGUAUUUAUCCAAAAAACUAAGAGAACCUACUCAAUCUCAGUCUUCCAUUUUUGAAUCGCAAAAACUAAAACCAUGGAUGUAAACCACUUGACCACCGAGGAAAUACCGUCAUCUUCUUCCCCAGGCUUGUUGAAGAAUGUCCAAGAACUAGCAAUCGACGGUGAAGAACCACCGCCAAGAUAUAUUCGUAAAGAUAGCGACCACAAAGAGAAGAAGCAGGUACCUGCACAUGAAUCUCUAUCAGUUCCAAUAAUUGAUGUUAGUCGCUUAUUGCCUGCUUCAUCCGGCAGAGAGAAGGAAGAUGAGAUGGAGAAGCUUAAAUCUGCACUCAAUUCAUGGGGCUUGUUUCAGGCAAUUGGACAUAGUAUCCCGAAAAGCUUACUUGAUGAUAUAAAUGAUGUGUCAAAGCAGUUCUUUGAUCUUCCUAUAGAAGAAAAGCAAAGGUACACUAGAUCAGAAGAAGAUGAAAUAGUUGACUUACAAGGAUAUGGGAGUGAUACCAUUGUUUCAGAUGAUCAGGUGCUAGACUGGUCUGACCGCCUAUACCUCUUAAUACAACCACAAGAACAGCAAAAGCUUCGACUCUGGCCUGAUCCACCAUCUCAUUUUAGGAGAACACUGAAUGAAUAUAGUGUUAAGGCUGGAUCAGUAGCCGAGGUCAUUCUGAAGGCCAUGGCAAGAUCAAUAGGAUUGGAAGAGUAUAGCUUCAUCAACCAGCUGGGGGGACAACCAAUGGUGUAUGCAAGGUUUAACUACUACCCUCCUUGUUCAAGACCUGAUCUUGUUUACGGCAUAAAAGCUCAUGCAGAUGGAGGAGCGAUCACCAUUCUCUUGCAAGACCCUGAAGUAGAAGACCUACAAGUUCUUAAAGAUGAUCAAUGGAUUAGCGUUCCAUGCAUGCCGGGCGCUCUACUCAUUAACGUUGCGGAUCAAGUCCAGAUAAUGAGUAACGGAAUUUUCAAGAGCCCAAUACACAGGGUGGUAACGAAUAAAGAACGGGAGAGGCUAUAUUUGGCUAUGUUUUACGGAGCUAAGUUCGACAAGGAAAUUGAACCAACAGCUGGGUUGAUCAAUGAGAGUAAUCCUAGAAUGUUCAGGAAGGUAAAAGUGAAAGACUAUCUUGAAGUCUUCUUCCCAAAAUACUUGCUAGGAGAGCGAGCCAUAGACUGGGCUAAAGUUUAAUUCUCUUAAUCACAUAUGUUUAUCCCAUGUUUUGUUCGAAAACGAUUGUACUUAAGUUCAGGGGUUUGAGUUGACUAAUAUGAAAGAGGUAUGUUCAAAUAUGAUGUGACUCUUGAUAUAUGGUGCAAAAUUAAUCUAAAGAUCAAAUGUGAGGCAUCAAUAAAGUUUGCAUGAUUUACAAGGCAAAUGCAAGUUAGAGGAAAACAGCCAA